AUGAGUACGACGUACAACCUCGAGCCAAACCCGACCGCCAAAGUCGUCCUGCACACCACCACCGGCGACCUCGAAAUCGAGCUCUUCGCCAAGCAGACGCCCAUCACCUCGCGCAACUUCCUGCAGCUGUGCCUCGAUGGCUACUACGACAACACCGUCUUCCACCGCCUGGUCAAGGGCUUCAUCAUCCAGGGCGGCGACCCCACGGGCACCGGCCAGGGCGGAGAGAGCAGCUACGAUGGCGAGCCCUUUGCGGACGAGUUCCACAGCCGGCUGAAGUACACGAGGCGAGGCCUGCUGGGCAUGGCCAACACGGGAAAGAAGGACGACAACGGCAGCCAGUUUUUCUUCACCCUGGCGGCGACACCAGAGCUGCAGGAGAAGAACACCAUGUUCGGCCGGGUGGCAGGCGACACCAUCUACAACCUAAUGAAGAUGGCCGAGGCCGAGAUACGGGACGGAAGCGACGAUCAGCCCAUGUAUCCCACCAAAGUCACAGGCGCCGAGAUCAUCAUCAACCCAUUCGAGGACAUGGUCAAGAGGGUGCAGGUGGCUGCGCGCACAGAGCCCGAGACGAAGAAGGCCAAGAAGCCCAAGAGGAAGGCCGGCAAGAACGUGCUCAGCUUUGGCGAUGAUGCAGCCGAGGCUGACUCUGCGCCCAUUGCGAAGAAGCCCAAGUUCAACACCAAGCUGGUCAGUGCAGGCGAGGAAAAGCCCGUGUCGAAAGCACCCGAGGAGACGAGAGAGAUACCCAUACGCAAGCCAUCCCGAAAAUCGCCGCCGAGGUCUCCGUCACCCAAACCCGCUCCAAAAGCCGCGCUCCGGUCGCCACCCAAGCCUAAAGCCAAAACUCCACCACGCGAGCUUUCGCCUGAAUCUGAGAAACGAUCGAAACUAGACCGUGUCAACCAGCAGAUCGCCGACCUCAAGGCAUCCAUGAAGCGAAACACCUCCGCCCAAGAUACAGGGCCGGCCAAAAAGAAGUCGCUAUUAGAGGCCAUGGUGCCAACAUCCACAACACGAGGAAGGAAGCGAGGGGCUGGUGGCAACGCAAAGGACGAACAAUCUGCACUGGACAUCCUCUCCCGAUUCAAGUCGAAACUAGAAUCAGCCGACUCCACCGCAGCCCCCAAGACCGUCACACCAACACUACCCGAGGAAGCAACGAAUGGCAACUCCAAUGGAGAUGCGAAUGGAGCCAAUGAUGAAGAUGAGGCUGCAUGUGACUUGCAUUUCAUAGUGGGCUGCCAGUCUUGCAAAGCCUGGGACAAGCAGGAUGAAGAGGAGUCAGAUGACGACGCGGGAUGGAUGUCACAUUCGUUGAGUUUCGCAAAAGACAGAUUAGGGAAGGAUCUCGAGUGGAAGCGGAAGAACGAAGAGGAGCUGUUGGUCAUUGACCCAAGAGAGGAGGCGAAACGGCAUAAAGCUGAAGGUAAAAAGGUCAGGAGAUGA